UUAUUCACAGAUAGCGUCGGGCUGGGGAAGGGCGUAAAUUUACGCUUUAACGGUAAAGGGGGCCUACAGUGAUCUGUUAUAACAGUAACGUGCUAUUACUGUUAUAACAGAUUAUUACUGCUGCCUGUUCUAUCGGUAAUGUGCAGUGAUGUGAUCUGUGUUUGCAAGAAGGGCAGAUUAUGGUCUACUAAACUAAGGAGUGAGCUAGCAUGAUGGCACUAAUAGUUAUGGCACUAUGCUUGGUGUUGCUGUAUGCUGGAUGUGAGGCAGGCACUCUUUCCCAGCACUUACCUUCUUUCACAACUCAUCAGUCUGUCAGAGCUUCCAACGAUGGUAUUCCUCAAGUAAAUAUCUCACAGCAGCAGUCCACUCCUCACUCGACAAAGCAUAUUACUGACGCCCCGUCCCCGGAAAGUGAUACUACUGACCUGAGUUCGACUAGAAACUGCAUCGUUGCAUCCAGCACGAAGGAAGAUGUCAUCGAAGUGCUUCAUCAACACAACCAGUUCUUGGUCAUCAUCAGCAGCGACUUCCAGUAUUUGGAGACCUCCCUGAAAAUUGGAUCAUGUAGUCACGAGAGUAUCUACAGAGCCAACCGCUUCCUGACGAGGAAUACACUCCACCUGCGAGCUCCCGAUGCCCAGGCGGUGAUGAAGAUGAAUUAUACAAAACUUACUAACGGAGCACAUGCUUACCGCCUCACCUUAGACAGCUUUAACUUCUCCGAGAUUGUUAGUACUUCUGUCAGAUGUGGAAAGGUUCUCGGGUUCCACGUGAAAGCAAAGGGAGCCGCCGUCUGCGACCUCAACUUAAUGGAAAACCCUCUGGGAAUUCGAGUGAGCGAACUAAAGUCUCUCCUGAAGGAUCCUUCGAAGUCGCUACUCGAUCUACGCUACUGGAGUCAAGGCGCCUAUGUAAUUGGAGUAUGUUUCACCCUGGCCUCAUAUCUGCUGUUCCUGGUGACAGUACGACUCUUCAGGAGCAACUUUCAAUAUCAGUCCAUCUUUACUGACAGGAGAACUGAAAAUAUCACAACACCGAGCGUCACUCUGCAAGUGGUAAACAUACAGUGGAGGCUCCAGACUUUCAAGUCUCUAAGUAAGCUAAUCAUAGCAACAAGAAACAAAACCCGGAUAAUUUGGAGAACAUUUAAGCAUGUAAAAUAUCUCAAAAUCUGCUAUGAUAGUGUGUCAUCCAACACUUCCAAUGCCAUGAUAGCUGUAGGCUGGAAACUUUUCUUCCUGUCUUGGAAAGUUGGGUUGACCAGGAGGAAGGAGAGGCUAACAAGGAAGGUGGAAAAGGAAGCAGGAUGGAAGCAAGUACACCAUUGAAUCUAAUGCUAGAUGUCUCUCCUAUUGCAGUGAUUCACAUUAAAAUAUAAUAAAUA